AGCUUUAGGCGAGUGGCUGUCAAGAAGGCCAAUUAAAUUCCCUGAAGGGAACCUGGCCCAGGCCUCUUCUCUGAGGGACGGCUCUACCUACCAAUAGCAUGAGCGAGACCCUUCGCUAAGGAGGUGGCGGGUGAGCUAGAACUUUGAGACUGAGGUAAAGCCUGAUCGCGGCGCGCGGGCUGGCCUCGGAGCAUUGCCAGGGCAGGUGUAGUGUGUGCCAGCUGAAUGUGUUAGAGAGCGAGCCAGCUUUGAGAGCGUAAGGUAGACCGCGGGGUGCUGGGCGACCCCCGAGACCAGUGCACAGGGGGUCGUUGUGGGCGAAAGGGCUGUGGAGGCCCUUCCAGCUGCGGAAGUUAAGAUUCUGCGACUGUCUCCGGAGUCCCGGAGAUGCCCAGCUCAACUCCUGGAAGGAGGGUUCUGGAAGCCCAGGAAAGCCUCGAGAGCUGCCGCCCACUCUGCCAGCCCACCCAGAGGAGUGCGCCAGGGCGGGAAUUGUGAUGACAAGACUGAGGAUUUAGUCUAGAAAGGACCGUCUCACCUAGAAGUAUUCCUAUUUAUAAAGAGGAAACUGAGGCGGAGGGAAGUGGAUGAGUUGGCAGGAGCAAGCAGCAAGGUACUGACUACUUGCACUAGAGCCCAGGCUUCUCACUGCAUCAGCUUUUGUGGUGGCCUUUUUCUGUUCACACCCUCUUUGCCUCCCGGAGUGAAAUGGAGUGGAUAAAGGGUACCCAGAUAUGAGAGGAAGCUGAUGAUGCUUUUCUUACUGCUGAGAGAGCUAACAUCCUUUUAGAUGGCAUGAAGAACUAACGUAGUCCAUUUAGUGUGUUAAUAGUUGCCUAACCACUCAUAAGUCACAUCUCAGAUGUUAACAUUCCUAAACAUUGAAUUAUUAAAAUUCCAUCCUGGGUAACCCAAACCAGCUGUUUACUAGUCACUGUGAAUAAAAGAGUUUGAUUGGCUGGGUGACAGCACAGUAAACAAAGGAGUCUGUAAUACUCUGCAGCUCAGGGCUUGCUGUCCAGGACCGGAUUCCUUGGAGCCCCUGGAAGAGCGAGCUACUCCUUGGAUUUAUUGCUGCAGAUCUUCUGCACCUAUCUGGACAGACGCAACCCCAACUCCUGUUUCAUCUCAUAAAUGUCCCCCUCCCCCCAUAAGACUAAACGAAUAGCUUAGACUCUGGGAGAUAUCCUAAAUUUUCAGAGUAUAUCUAUCCCUUUCUUUCACCAUAGAGGUUGCCCUUUAUACAUGCAAUGAUGUUACUGUUCCAGGAAAACAGUCAGCUUUUGGAUAUAUUUUUCAUGAGACUGUAAAGAGUUUGUGCGUAAUUGUUCCCACCUUCAUUUGGUGCAUGCUUUUGUGAGAGAUAGUCAUUAGCAGGGUCACCCUCUCCUUCGCUCGUCAAAUUGAAUUUAUACUUUUUUUUUUCUUUUGGAGUUUAUACUCUUGAGCUUCAAAUCCCCUGGAGGCCCUGGCCUGCUGAGAUAUGAAGAAUUCACCAGUGUUUCUCUACAGAAUUAGUACUAAAAGGGCCUCAAGUAGAAAAACCUCCUACUAUUCCCUGAGAGUAAAGGCCUCAUCUACCAGUAUGUCACAUUGUAUUUCUUAUGUAAAAUGCAUAUCCCAGGAGCCAUUGCAUGGCUAGAGCUGAGCUAGAACUGAGGAGCUGUCUUAAGACAGAAAAUCCUGGACAAGGUUGGGGAAAAUAGGUCACAGUGCCUAGGCAGUGAGGUCACAGAGAGGUUUGUCUGCCCCAGACUCCAUGAGGGAGGGGCCUAGGAAGCAGAGGGGCCUCAGAGGUCCCCCAAGCCCAGGCAGGGGACAUGGUGUGGGAAAGGCAGCAGGGACGAGGCCCAGGACUGGUGCAAGGGGCCCGGAGAGAUGAGGGCAAGAGCAGGGAGGGGGCAGUCAGGAUGGUGAGGAGAAGCCGCAGACGGAAGCUGCAAAAAUUCACCGGGCUGUGCGGACGGGAGGAGGGGCUCAGGGUGAAGCGGAGCUGCCCUUCAUGUGGCCCAGAGACUGGGGGUGAAGAGAAGAAGGGGAGAGGGAACCCUAUUUCUGUUCAGUUGUUCCCCCCAGAGCUGGUAGAACAUAUCAUCUCAUUCCUCCCAGUCAGAGAUGUAGUUGCCCUAGGCCAGACCUGCCACUACUUCCACGAAGUGUGCGAUGCUGAAGGCGUGUGGAGACGCAUCUGUCGCAGGCUUAGUCCUCGCCUACGAGAGCAGGGUUCUGGGAUCCGGCCCUGGAAGAGAGCUGCCAUUCUUAACUACACGAAAGGCCUGUAUUUCCAGGCAUUUGGGGGCCGCCGCCGCUGUCUCAGCAAGAGUGUAGCUCCACUGCUAGCCCAUGGCUACCGCCGCUUCUUGCCCACCAAGGACCACGUCUUCAUUCUUGACUAUUCAGGGACCCUCUUCUUCCUCAAAAAUGCCCUGGUUUCCUCCACCCUUGGCCAGAUCCAAUGGAAGCGAGCCUGCCGCUAUGUUGUGUUGUGUCGUGGAGCCAAAGAUUUUGCUUCGGACCCAAGAUGUGAUACAGUUUACCGGAAAUACCUCUACGUGUUGGCUACUCGGGAGCAGCUGGGAGUGGUAGGCACAACAAGCAGCCGGGCCUGCGACUGUGUCGAGGUCUACUUGCAGUCCAGUGGGCAGCGGGUCUUCAAGAUGACCUUCCACCACUCCAUGAGCUUCAAACAGAUUGUGCUUGUUGGUCAGGAGACCCAGCGGGCUCUACUGCUCCUCACAGAGGAAGGAAGGAUCUACUCUUUGGUAGUGAAUGAAACUCAGCUGGACCAACCACGCUCCUACACAGUUCAGCUGGCCCUGAGGAAGAUGUCCCGUUGCCUGCCUCACCUGCGUGUGGCCUGCAUGGCUUCCAACCAGAGCAGUACUCUCUACAUCACGGACCAGGGGGGAGUGUAUUUUGAGGUGCAUACCCCAGGGGUGUAUCGUGAUCUCUUUGGGACCCUUCAAGCCUUUGACCCCCUGGACCAGCAGAUGCCGCUUGCUCUCUCACUGCCUGCCAAGAUCCUAUUCUGUGCUCUUGGUUACAAUCAUCUUGGCCUGGUGGAUGAAUUUGGCCGAAUCUUUAUGCAAGGAAAUAAUAGAUAUGGGCAGCUGGGGACAGGGGACAAAAUGGACCGAGGGGAACCUACACAGGUGCAUUAUCUGCAACGCCCCAUUGCCCUGUGGUGUGGCCUCAAUCACUCCUUGGUGCUGAGCCAGGGCUCGGACUUCAGCAAGGAGCUGCUGGGCUGCGGCUGUGGGGCUGGAGGCCGCCUCCCUGGCUGGCCUAAAGGGAGUGCCUCCUUCGUCAAGCUCCAUGUCAAGGUCCCUUUGUGUGCUUGCUCCCUCUGCUCUACCAGAGAGUGUCUCUAUAUGCUGUCCAGCCAUGACAUUGAGCACCAUCCCGCCUAUCGAGACCUACCAGCCAGCAGGGUGGUAGGGACUCCUGAGCCUGACCCAGGGUCCGUAGCACCCCAGGACCCUGGGGGGACAGCUCAGGCCUGUGAGGAGUACCUCAGCCAGAUCCACAGUUGCCCCACGUUGCAGGACCGCAUGGAAAAAAUGAAGGAGAUCGUGGGUUGGAUGCCCUUGAUGGCUGCACAGAAGGAUUUCUUCUGGGAGGCCCUGGACAUGCUGCAGAGGGCUGCUGGAGGGGUUGGCCAAGACCCCCCAACCCCUGAGAGCUGACCCCCCUCUCCUAGUCUCACUCCUGGAGGGAGAGUCUGGCCCUGGGCCGAAGGCUAAGGAGAGAUGGAGUGGGAGCAAUGAACACUGUGUGUGUGCAUGGGGAGGGGUUCGCAAUGGGGUGGGGACUGCUAGACAUGCCAGAGUGGGCAGGGAACUAUUUUAUAAAAUGUUCAGGGGGCUGCCCAGGAGGGGCCCCCAAACUGACUAUCAUGGACAAGAGAUUUGAUGGACAAAUAGAAUAAAAGGCUGAAGUGAG